GUUCGGGGGAGGGGGAAGGUGGUGUUUGAGAGUAGAGAAAGAGAAGCAUCACAAUGGCGUUGGAGCUGCUCUAUCUUGUUCCUUCCAUUACCAUCUUCCUAGCUUUCUUUCCUCUCCUUCUCCACCACACUUCGCUUUCUGUUUCAGCUCAACCAAUCACCUCCCAAAUCCACCAAAUCAACCUCAAAAUCGCUCAUUUAGAAUCGGUUCUUGAAGAAAGCAAUAAAAAAUUAAAGGAAAGGGAGCUGUACCUGGAAGAGUGUGAGAAGCGAAUGACUGAAAUGUCGGAAAAAAUCCAUCAUCUGCAAUCUACUCUCUCCAUAAUGAAGGCUGAUUCGUUGCAUGCUGAGAGACGGUUUAAAGCUCUGGAGGAAGAGGUACAACUUCUUUGGCCUGCCUUGAGAAAGAACAACUUUGAUCUCCAUAUUUUAAAAUCUAAAGCACAAGAUACUGAAGAGAAACUAGAAGAGGUCACUUCAAGAGUUGAAAAGAUGGGUGAUAUUGUGACUGAACAGUGGAUUCAAGUUCAGCAUCUUGAGCAGGCUCUUCACAUUACCAACAUGAGGACUCUAAAGGCCCGAAGACUAGCAAGCCUAACAAGAUGCACAUUUUUGAAGUUUAUCAACAGCCUUCUUGAUGAUCUUCGGGCACUGGAUUCGUAUGUAUUUGGUGGAAGGACUGUAGUCAGUUCACUCAUCACGCCGGCUAUGGAUCAGUUGAAGAGAUGCUCUUCAAUGGCCAAAAAGUAUCACCAUGAGCUUCAAGGUUUCAUCAAAGAUCUGAUGAAGACAAAUGAAUUGACUGCGUCUCUUGCAAACGAUGAGUUAGUUUUCUUCCUGGCUUGUGCUCUAAUAACCUUUCCAUUAAUGAGUGCCUGGAUGUUGCUUUCAUCAUAAUUGCUGGGCAGGCAAGAUUUUUUUUCCUGCUUUCUAUAGUGACAACUGACAACUUUCUUCCAACACUUAUGCUAGAAGAACAUGUCAUACGUUUCACAGUGAUGGUGGACAAAUGUAGUUUUGAUCUAGUAUGGUAGCAAGUAGCUGAAAAUACUUCUCUUAGUGUGAAUUUUGACAGCAGAAUUUUAAUGCUGCAGCUUCAAACUUUUUUCCGCCUGUACAUAUCUCUCUGAAAAGAUCCUGAAAUACAUACUACU